AUGCAGACUGCUUCUACAAACACUUUUGUGAAAAAACUGUGCAAUAAGUCCAUCCGUGAAAUUUCCUUGCUACUAAAUAUUCCAUGGUCAACUGUUAGUGGUAUUAUAACAAAGUGGAUGAACUGGGAACAACAGCAACUCAGCCGCAAAGUGGUAGGUCACGUUAAAAUGCCAGAGCGGGGUCAGCGCAUGCUGAAGUGCACAGUGCGCAGAAGUCGCCAACUGUUUGCAGAGUCAGUAACUAAAGAUCGCAAACUUUGUUUGGCCUUCAGAUUAGCACAACAGCAGUGCAUAAAGAGCUUCAUGGAAUAGGUUUUCCUUGACCAAGCAGCUGCAUCUAUGCCUUACAUCACCAAGUGCAAUGCAAAGCAUCGGAUGCAGUGGUGUAAAGCACGCUGCCACUGGACUCUAG